AUGGGUGCAGCGGAUACUUACGGCCUCACAAGCAAAAUCCAGGCGGAGUUCGCGCUAUCUACCACCGUGCGAAAUGACCACCGCUAUCAUCCCUCCGCUUGGACGGGGAGUGUACAGCAUCUCCGUCAAGAACAGCAGCUCCGCCAACGCGCCGACGGCCUUCAAUCUGGACGGCCUUCGAAUACUGAGAUAUCCACCUUACCUGCGAUCCUGAUACUCCACGGGUCUCCAGGAGGCAUUGACUCGGCCCAGUGGCAUGCGCGAGCCAUUUCGACCUUUGCAAGUCCUUCCGCACAUCCUUUCGGUCUGUUCGCCCUCUCACGGCCGGGAUACCUCUCCUCCGGUCCCGUUUGUGCGUCGUUUGCGGAAGAAGCGGACGUGAUCAUCAAAACGCUCGACGCUCUAGGCCGGACUGCACCUGUGGCGGUAUUGGCAAUAUCCGGGUCUGGUCCGCUCGCCCUGACACUAGCAGAGAAGUUUCCCGACCGCAUCAAUGCUGUGUUGAUGCUGGACGCUAUCACAAAGCGGGUACCAUGGUCCCACACGACGCUAGCAGCGUUAGCGAUGUUUGGAACAGAAUUACCCUCAAAUACGUUCGCAUACCGCGCCGCGACGAGCGGUAACGUCCGUGACAAUGUACAGAAGCUGCUCGGUGAAGAGGCUCUGAAGGAAGUUGAGACGGACAAAACCGUGCGGCACUUUUUCCGAGACUACAGCGCUUGCUAUGCAUUGGGCUCAGUGCGGCGGCCAGGAUUCUUUUCCGACAUGAAUAGAAUAGCCAACAUGGACGAUGAACCACAUUGGACGGGGGUCAAAGCUCCAAUAUUGUGCAUGCACGGCCUGAAGGAUGAUCUGGUAUCAAUAGCGCACCCGGAGCACUUGCUGUCAACUGCAUCUACACAAGAUAAUGCCAAGCGGUUGAUGCGGUUUCCAGAUGAGAAGCACAUCCUGCCAUUGAAGCAGACUAGCCGGGCGAUAACAAAGUUCUUGGAAGAGACCGUAUGGUAG